AUGGUUGGAAAUAAAGAAAAAGAAAAUGGGUAGAGAGAAAGAGAAGAGUGAAGUGAAGAGUCUCAAGCCUUCCUCCCUCCCUCCUCUCUCUCUACCCCCACUUGAUCAUUAUUUAUCAACUUCUCCUCAAACAAUUCACUUUCUCUCUUAUAUAUAAUGCGUGCAGAUUGAUACUCCACUUACCUAACCUCAAUUUUCAUUGUAAAUACAUCUCCUUUCGUCUUGCUAAGGACUUUGAAGAAUGAAGAAAGGCUCAUUAGCUCCAAAUCUCAAGCUCUCCGUCCCACCUCCUGAUGACAUCUCUAAAUUCCUGACCGGCUCGGGGACGUUCAAGGACGGCGAUCUCUUGGUUAACAGGGAUGGGGUUCGGAUUGUUUCAAAUACUGAUGUUGAACUUCCAGCCUUGAUUCAGCCAUCAGAUAACCAGUUGAGCUUAGCUGACUUUGAUGCAGUGCAAGUCAUUGGUAAGGGAAAUGGAGGUGUUGUGCGUUUGGUGCAACACAAAUGGACUGCACAGUUUUUUGCACUUAAGGUCAUUCAAAUGAAUAUUGAGGAGUCUGCUCGCAAGCACAUUGCCCAAGAGCUCAAAAUUAAUCAGUCAUCUCAAUGUCCAUAUGUUGUGGUUUGCUAUCAAUCUUUCUACGAUAAUGGUGCAAUCUCCAUCAUCUUGGAGUAUAUGGAUGGAGGGUCUCUUGCAGAUUUCCUUAAGAAAGUUAACAAAAUCCCAGAGCCUUAUCUUGCUGCAAUUUGCAAACAGGUACUCAAAGGUCUCUGGUAUCUUCAUCACGAAAAACAUAUCAUCCACAGAGACCUCAAACCUUCAAACUUAUUAAUAAACCACAGAGGUGAUUGCAAGAUCACCGACUUUGGAGUCAGUGCAAUACUUGCCAGCACAUCUGGUCUAGCUAAUACUUUCGUUGGCACUUACAACUACAUGUCUCCAGAGAGAAUCAUCGGAGGCACAUAUGGUUAUAAAAGUGACAUCUGGAGCCUCGGUUUGGUUCUCCUCGAGUGUGCAACAGGAGAAUUUCCAUAUUCCGCGCCUCAGGCUGAGGGAUGGAUCAAUGUAUACGAGCUGAUGGAAACCAUUGUCGAUCAGCCUGUGCCUCGUCCACCUUCAGAUCUAUUUUCUCCAGAGUUCUGCUCAUUUAUCUCUGCUUGUGUGCAAAAGGAUCCUAAAGAUAGGCUAUCGGCGAACGAACUCAUGGCACACCCUUUCAUCACUAAGUAUGACGAUCUUGAUGUUGAUCUUUCGGUGUACUUCACCAGUGCAGGACCCUCACUGGCCACACUGUAAUCAAGACCAACAGAAUGUUUGUAGCAGUUAACAUGAGCUGCAACGAUUGCAGCAUUACUGCAUAUUAUGGAGAUCACAUCUUCGCGGCUGUGAACAUGGAACGAGGCGGUCCCGUUCUGGCUCUCCCAUCCAUUCGGCACUGCUUCUGAAAUCACCAUUUGUGCAACGUUAUGUGAGGAAUACUAAGAUAAGGAUUUGUAGGUCUCCUUUUUUUUUUUGUAUGUUAGUCGGAAUUUCUCGAGGGAUAUAUGAUGAUUCUGGUUGAUGUGUGAGUAUGUUGUAAACUUUUAUAUUAAUGAACCCAUUUUGUGAUUUUCAA